CCGGCAGGCAUGCUCGUCGCCUUCCACCGCAUGGACAACGCAUACCUCGGCUCCAUCGAUAUCAGCCAGAAGAAGGCUCGCACUGCUGUUCUCUUCAACGGCCUUACCAGCGGAGACCUCUACGCUGCCGUUCAGCCUGGCGGCCCGCUUUACAGCGCCGAGAACAGCAACGGAGGUCUUAUUGUCUUUGGAGGCGGUCUUCCCAUUUACCUUAAUGGAAGGCUGAUUGGCGGUGUCGGUGUUAGCGGUGGAAGUGUCGAGCAAGAUCUCAGUGCUGCGUUUGCGGGUGUUGAGGGGCUUGGUGCUUCAUCCAAGGCUUAAAAGGGUGGGAUUGGGAUGAAAAGCACUUUUUUUUUUGAAAAAAAACUCUUCUUGUAUUCUUUUGGAGAAGU